AUGAUGGAAAACUCGAUACGUCCAACAGCAGAACUUCCACGCCUUUCGCGAGACACGUUACACGCCAAGGAAAUCCCGGAAUACCAUGCUCUCAACUACCGUGCAGGUCGUCUCCUGACCAACGCGCCUCAUCUGGCCUUCGAGGACUUCGGUACCAGGCUGCUAUUGCAACGGAACUUUCAGUCAACAAAACGUUCUGACAAACCAGGAUUCCGAACAGAACGCUCGGUCGACUCUGGCAAUUAUACGACAAGAUUUCUGCCCCUUACCACAGUUUUCGACUUGGAAGCUUCUGUUGAGUUUGCUCAUUACGAGCUGCAAUUUUCCCGAGGGGGCUUUUACCCCAUGGCCAUGGAUCAGCAUGACUUUCCUCAAGAUAUCAAGACGUGCAGACAGCCUGGAAUUACGCGCCAUUCUCUAGCCGUCCAGGGCCGAAGUCCUGUAAUUGUUUCCGGAAAGACCGGUUGGAAGACCUUCUCCAUCCCUUCCAUUGGAGUUCCCAGAGAGAAUUCAGCCGGCGGAGACCUGGUCACUCCCCGAGGACAGGGUGCCUCUUCAUCGAUACCCAUUGAAAAUCGAAGGCUCCUUAUUGCCAGUCCUGACAAAGUCUAUCGGGACAUAGGCCCAAUUUCCUCUCGAGUUGCAGACAAGACUGACUCCCAAGGAAGGGCUCUGAGCACGUUAGUGACAGGAUAUCGAUGGCUCCAAGCGAAGUCUCUUGAAACCUGCAGAGACCUGUUCUCAUAUCUGCAAUGGCUGUUCGAGUCUGAUGCUCGGCCUUUCACCUGGCCUUGCCACUGGAAACUUGGCUCAAAUAUGGAAAACAGGUCUUGCCCAUUGCCUUCACAACAAGAAACAGAGACAUGCCCGACCUACAAUACUUGUCAGCAUAGCCGCGAAACCAGUGAAGAAAAGCCCCCAGAACACCGGAGCAGGAAUACAGGCUCGCCACGUCGCAAAAGAGGCGCAUGUCAACAUGAAACCAAUGGCCAGGAUCGGAGUGACGACGACGAACUGCCGGAUGAGUCCAGAAGGAAGAAAUCACGACUCCAAGGUCCAGCCACUGACAAGAAUGACAAUGAUCUCAGCUUAGCCUGUCCGUUCUACAAGGCAGACAAACGCACCCACAAUCGGUGCUCUUUAUUACAGCUGAGUAGGAUCAGAGACGUGAAGCAGCAUCUGUAUCGGAAGCAUAUGCAGCCUCACUACUGCUCAAGGUGCGGUCGACAAUUCGAGACGCAAACUGAGGAGAGGUGCCACACAAGGCAACAGGACUGCAGCAAGCGAGCCAACCAGCCGCCCGACGGAAUCACCCAAGACCAGCAGAAGGAGCUCAAGGAGAGGGUAGACCGCAAGCUCGCCGUGAAGGAGCAGUGGUUCGCCGUCUGGACCAUCGUAUUCCCCGAUACACCGCCACCAGACUCACCAUAUGUUUACAGCCCUACCCGUGAGGUGGCAACAAAUAUGCGAAACUACUGGCAAGAAACCAAGGCGGAGAUGCUGGUCAACCAUGCUGACCGCAUGCCGGGUAUUGACAGGGAACGGGUCAUUGGCGGUUUGAAUACGUUUAUGGAAACCUUCUUCAAUCGAUUCAUCGAGGAGCACACCUCGGUUGCCGAGGGAGAGCAAGUUUCGGAUUCAUCUUCAGACGGUAGUCCAGGGACAGCAUGUUUCUCAGAGAGGGCGCCGGCUAUAUCAUCACCAAGCAGUAGCCAAAGGACUUUAUUCGAAUCCUUCCGCGACUUGCUUUCUGUCAUGAGUGGUGCCGCCAACGACAAUGUCAUGAUAGACGACGGUUCGCUUAUCGCCAACUAUGCAAUGACCAUGGGAGAAACGGACGGGCACUGGGAAUUUCCGUCGAGUGAUGAUGCUUAUGGUUGGGGUCAGCUCCCCACGGCUGGUCCGUUCUUCCAAGAUGAUCCUCUUACUUGA